CCGCGCGUUUCAUCUUUGCAUGCAGUGUGCGCGACCCCAAAAUGAAUUAUUCAUGUUGAAGCCUAAACAUGGCGAAAUCUGAUGAUGAUGUGACGGAGAAGUGGAAAAUGGCCGCAUCUUAACCGUUUCUGAGUUUAGGCUUAAGAUUUCCGUUGUUUUCUGGCGGAGUUGGCUAUCGCCGAAGCAAAAACAUGAUGGAAGGUGAGUUAUAUGAGGUUCAGCCAUCAGUCAGUUAUCCUCUUCAGGAUAAAUACCCUUACUUUGGCGAUGGAACCGGUCGCUCUGAGCCUAUAACAAUCCGUAACAUCAAGAUUCGUUCUGAUAGUGACACACAGGACGCAGAAGAUCUACCUAAGAAAGACACAAUGAGACGAAGUCCACUCUUCAGCCAACCCAGUGGAACUUUACAGCACAUUGUGGCUGGAAAUGACACCCUGGAUAGCAUAGCCCUUCAGUUUGAGUCCACACCUACUCAGCUUAUGCGGUUGAACCAUCUCAGCAGUCGCAUGCUGUUUCCUGGACAGAUUCUGUAUGUGCCCGAUCCUGAUUCACCUGAGCCUCUCUGCUUGAGCCCUUCCUCAACAACUAAGAAAACAUUUGACCUCCCUGUGGUAAGUCAGAAAGCAGACGUUCCCAAAGUCACCCAGACUAAGACGAGCGCCAAUUCCAGACGUUUCCAUCUCUUGAAGUCCAAGAGUAAAGAGGAAAAGGCAUCAAGCUCCAGCAAACGUGGUCGGAAGUCUCUGCUUCGCUAUCAGACCGAACCAAGGCCAGGCAGGGUGAUCCGAGACCGCUCACAAGAUGAUGAUGCAGAAGAGAGCAAAAACUUCUUGAAACUGAAUGUCAAGUAUAUCACCGAUGGAGAGGGUGUGGUCAGUGGUACCAUGUUGGUCACUCCAAAUGCCAUCAUGUUUGAUCCUAACGUCUCGGAUCCUCUGGUCAAGGAGCGGGGGACGAGUCCCUAUGGUGUCAUCACACAGAUGGACACAGUCAGGGGAGCGGCCAUGUACCAUGAUAUCUCAGCCAUGAAUCUCAAGACCAAACAAGAGAGUACUGAAUCUGUCACUUGCCCAGUCUACGUCCCUGAGAAUGCCAAAGACGGAAGGAAGAAACUAUCAACAUCCAACGAUCUGGCAUCACCCACCACUGAUACCCACACAGAUACCAUAACAAAUCAUGCAAAACAGUCCCAACCCGACACUGUUCUAAGAACCAUCUCAAACCUGAGCGAUGGCUUUGUGCAUGUCGUUAGUGAUGUAGUGAAGACUAAACUGGCUGGUGAUACAAAGCAGGAACUGAAUCAGUGUACCUCCAUCCCAGAGGGGGACGGUAAUGUUGAAAUGAUAAACAUUUCAAAUGAAGGAGCACAAAAGGAGGAUUUGGAAUUCCAGAAACAGGGAGAUGAAAUGAUUACAAACAGUAAUGAUCUCAGUGGAAGCACAAAUGAAGGGGACACUCUUGUCCCCCAGAAUAACAGUAACGAAGAGAUGGUUGUCCAUGAAGACUUGAAACUAAACCAGGAUACCCAAGAACUUCCUGAGAGGCAUUUAACCAAUGGAGAUGAUUCAACAUGUAGAGGGAGCUCCUCUGUGGAGGCAAGCGAUGACACUGAAUCUCAAGAUCAGGUCAUUCCUUCAGACUCUAAAGGAUCCCUCCCUGACCUGGUGGAAUCAGCCGAACAAUCUGUCAAAGACAAGGAGUCUCCUACAAGUGAGACUGGCUCUUUGUCAGGUCUGCCACCAGCAGAGUUGACCAACUGCCCACAUUGUCAUGGCAACAUGACCACUACUAGCAAAGUUUGCAACUCUUCCUCUGAAGAUUCAGCACAACUCCAAGACACUCAAACAACAGGGGACACAGACAUGCCCGGUUUUGUCGACUUCUCCUCUGGUAUCUUCAUACGUGAGUGCAAGCGAUGCACAGCGGUGCCAGACAUAACUGAAUCAGUACAGGAUACCAGCACAACGGAGCAAGAGCUACAGGCCAUCCAGGCUGAGGGACGGGAAAUUAGGAGGCAGAGUGACUUGCUCUGUGAGCUUCCCAAUGAGGGGAGCAAUAACGUGCAUCCCCAGGAGAAUGAUCAAGUCAAGAAGUCUGAAGAUGUCAAUAAGGAGGUGGUGCUAGGCUACAACAAGACUAACUUUGAAGUCCACUGCAAAGACGCAGGUCCAUCUGAAUACCUUCCUAAGCCUGCUCAGCGCUAUGAAGACCCGCCCCUUUACCUGUGUUUGCGAGUUGGUAAGCCCAUGAGCAAGACCUUCCCUGUUGCUAUUUCUGACACCAAGGAAGCCGCUUCCAAACACAACCAGAAACUACCUGAAUACUGGUUUGCAAUACCCCGAGAAAAGGCAGACAACCUGUAUGCAUUCUUUCUGCAAUGGUCUCCAGAUGUCUACGGGAAGGAGGGUAACCAGGAUGAUGUUGGUUUUGUUGCUGUUGAUGAGGAGCUAGAGUCCAGCCUGGAGGUCAUUGAGGAUUUCUUUGAGGAGCCCAUCGGAAAGGAUUGGGAGAUUAUCACCAAAGAGGAAGCCAAUCGUCGGCGGAUGACCAUCUUAGAAUGCGAGAUGAACCUGCCGCUACCUGAACUAGAAGGAGCAACCAGUAUUCUUUUAGCACCUGAACAUGUCAGGAAGCUCACUAAACAGCUUCCUGCAAGAACAGAGGGUUAUAGCUGGAAGAACAUCUAUAGUACAGCAGAACACGGCUACAGCUUACGCAACCUGUAUCGUUGUAUGAGUGGCAUUGAUAGCCCAGUGCUCAUGGUCAUCAGGGACUCCAGUGGAAUGAUAUUUGGUGCACUCUCUCCCUGCGCUGUGAGAGUCAGCGAGCAUUACUAUGGUACUGGCGAAACCUUUCUCUUUAACUUCAUCGACUGGGAUCUCAACGUGUACAGGUGGACAGGUGAAAACAACUUCUUCAUCAAGGGGAACUACAACAGUCUAACUCUGGGAGGCGGAGAUGGUGCCUUUGGUCUGUGGUUGGAUGGGGAUCUUUACCGAGGCAGGAGUAGAAGCUGUAAGACGUUCUCUAAUCCAUGUCUAGCUCACGAUGAAGACUUCAUCAUUGCUGAUCUGGAAGCUUGGGGAUUUGGUCUUGCCUAAAGUGCAGAAUGGCAGAAGAACAACAUUGCCGAGAAUGGCUGGCAUGUGCCCUGGUUCGAAUCCAGACGAAUAUGGCACUUCAUUCAUGUGCAACAUUGUAACCCAACUUGCAAGUAUCCAAGGAUAAACUUCAGCAUGGUGUGACCAUUCAUGGGAGUAAAAUUUGUGUAAAUUAAUUGACUGCAGUCUGAACGUUAAUGGGUAAAGUUAUGUCUGAGUGACUACGGAACAAACCCAGUUGCUGUGACUACAUAUGAAAGAAAGGCUGCUCUUUAAACCGACAGACAUCCCUGGGAUGUGAUGGCACAAUUUCAGCGAGUCAGUAGUUCCAAUCCAUCUGUGAUUGUACCAGAAUGAUUCAAGAGGCUUGAGCAUGGUCGUGUGAGAAAAGACAAUAUAGGACUCAAUUGAACGUCUGUUGGGAAUGGGCAUAAGAACAUGGGAGUUUUGUGCUGUGUCGUAUGUGUGUGUCUGCAAUUCAAAUUCAACUGAGACACACUGUUGGUUACACUGUGAAUUAAUACUGUGAGGUGACAAAGAUGUGACCCUGUAGUGAUUCAACCUACAGUUGGAUUUCACAGUGUCAGGAGGCUUCAGAUGUUUGGGAGGGAUGCACAUUGAAUGGUAAAAACUUAAGGGAAUUCUUGCAGCCCAAAUGGAAAACUUGCCAAUUGUAUAUUACUGUACAUGAAGCCUCAUUAUGAAGCAUAGCAUUGUUGAAUUCCUUGUAUAUAUGUAUAUAUGUAAUGUAGAUGUACAUAAAUGCUUCCUGGUUGAAUGAUCCCUUUUUGAGAGGAAUCGCUGCUUGUAACUGGUAAGGAAUGGACUGUGGAUAAGACCAUUACCUGAAAGUAGGGUACAAGGACACUUUUGUCCAUGUAAUUUAGUUUGUAAUUUGGAGGAGUAAAUGCCCUUUAUGUGAAUGGAAUGAACUACCUAACUCAAGGGAUUGAUGUCAUCCCAGGAAGCAACUAUUUAAGUUAAGGGGAUUAUUCAUAAUGUGAGGAAUCUCAUGAUAAACUGUGUGGCACUUUGUGCAGAUUCCUGACAGCAACAUUGAUGUUAAGAGUUUGGGUUAAGAACGGACAACUCCUGAAGAUUUUUUAUAAAAUAGAUUUUUCUGACCCCCCAAUCAACUCAAUUUUUGUACAUGCUGGGGAGGGAGCAUCACCAUUAAUAGACUUCAUACAAUUUGAAGGUGCAGGUUUGCAUCAGUAGUAACGUGCACAUUUAUCUGCCUUCAUCUAUGUGCAUAUAAUGUAAUCCAUAUUUGCAUAUACUGCAAAUGCACAUGAUGAAGACAUACUUGCAUGUGGUCCAUACUGAUAAACUUUAUUUGCAUAUGUUGCAUAUGAAAAUUAAAGUUUGCAUUUCCAUAUCUUGCAUAUGCAUGUAUAUUUGAAGUUUGUAGUUGCAUGUGUUCCAUAUGCAAAUGAAGUCUAUUUCCUUAUGUAACAUAUGAAUACUGGUUUUCGUGGUUAGCAUCUUACAAAUCCCAAGUUUUGUAAGACCUUUAAAAGCCCAAAGUAGACAAGUCACCCAGUGGAUAAAACCUCUUAUAAAAUACUGUACAUGUUCCUAGUUUGGUGAACAAUAAGGAUUGUCAGUGUGUGCUCAUGAUGUCUAAGAUGGUUUUGAUCAGAUUUGUGAAAUCUUUGAAGGUCGCAAAAAAGACUUAGAACUCUUCAAACAGCAUGGUGAAAAAUAAUUCAUGUCAUUCUUUUGUUGCAGAUCCACUUUAUUGGUUUGUUCAUUUCUGAAUGUACAGAAUUCAUAUGCGUCCUUUAGCAUGCAUACUAUUGAAUUAUUUACUAAUGCAAUUACAUCAGAAUCAUUUCCAAUAGAAGAUGUCUCUUGUACAUCUCAAUCUGCAUCCCUCAUGUAUUUGUACAGAGAAAUGUUUGGCUGGUGUUUUGGCACAAACCUGUGGAAAUGUACAUGUAAUAAUAAACAUCAUACUCAAUUCAUGCUCAAAAUGUAUUUGGUGGAAAAGUUGGUGAUAACUUUCUGUUACUUGUGGUAUUCGAUAUUGAUAUUGAUAUUUAGGCCCACUUGUAUUUUAGAGACUCCCGAGUAAUUUCUAAAGAACCCCUAUCUGUAUGUACUUAUGCAUGAUACCACCAGCAGACUGUACAGUGACUAGAAUCUAGUCUUUUGUUCAUUGUUCCAUGUUUAGACCAUAAUGUUCCUAUCGUUGAUGGUAGACUUUUGCAAUCAACAGUUCGAGUCCAUGAAUGUUUCAAUUUUCGGUUGAACUAGGUAAAGGCUAAGAAGACAGAACUUGAACCCAAAAUAUCACAAAUACAAAACAAGCACUGCAAAAACAUCCAAAUAGCCAACAUGUCUCAAUUCCAAAGAUACGUUGAAUGCCAGAUAAGUAACUGCACCACAAGGUAGUUUUUAUUUCAGUCUGUAUUGAGCACAAAUGUAUAAUAAUUUUUAAAGAAUGAGUGAUGUUACUGAUUUUGUUGUUGCAAACUGAAAGUGUGUUGUUAUUAUAUGAAAGUACUCCAUGUUACUAUAUGAAAAAUACUGAUUUUUUCAUUAUUUCCACUGUCAAUAUUUGAUGGCUUGAAGUCAUUUGUUAGAUGUGUUGAGAUAAUCCUUCCAUUUUAUUUAAAUGAGCUGAGUUUGUAUCAAAGUCUCUGCCUUUCAGGUAAGUUCACCAUCUUGGAUACUUCAGGAGAAUCUAGAAAAUUUUUCUUCCCCUGAAACAUAAAACUAUUGAGAGAUAUCGUAAAUGGAAGAGCAAACUUUGGUUGAAACAUUGUUUAUUGUGCUAAAUUUGUGACAGUUUUGUUUCAUUUUUGCCAACGUCUCACACUCUCCAUGUUACUGCUUCACUUGUAUGGUGCAAUGUUGACCUUCAGCUUACCUAUGUCAAAUCGUCAUAAUUCUUAAAGAACAAGGCAAUUAAAAGGCAAUUAAUAAAGAAAGAAUACAAUUUAAUAUUGAAGUGUCACCAAUUCACUAUUGAAUUUGAUAAAAGUGGUUACUAACACCCAGAUCUUGAUGGUUUUUGUGCAAAACUGUUCUAGUAUUUCAAGACAUUAAAUGUUCUCCUGCACGUCUACUUAAUUGGAGUAUUAUAGACAUUAAGAUGUAUGUAAAAAAUGUAAUGCAGUUGAUUAAUUAAAACAGCACACAGACUUAUUUGCAGCUUGAA